CCUAAUCUAUCUGAUCCCACUGCUAGCAUGAGCUCGAACGCACUGGAUAGUCACACCAUACUACUCCAGUAGCCAGUUUCUUAGCCUGUCCUGUGUACUGCACUUGGUUAGUCCCGCGAGAAAAUCUUAUCGCAGAUUGUAAAUCUGUGCACUAGUUUGAUCGAGAAAUGAAGCAAAAGAGCGACCGAAUCAGCACUACAAAGCUACUAACUUAUGUUCUAAUAGGAUCCAUUGUUUUUCUCGGGUUGGUUUGUUUGUACUACGGAUCUUCUUUCGCUCCUGGACUCUCAAGAUCCGAUGAUUACUCUUCAAACCAUGACGGAACCGACCCAUUCCUAGGCGGAUUCUCCCGGAGCAAUGAUCUUGAUGAUUUUUUUCAAGAGCAAAUCCCGCAAAGUAUUCCUAUCUGUGACAUAAAAUACUCGGAGUUGAUACCUUGUUUAGAUAGAAAUCUUAUAUAUCAACUGAAAUUGAAGCCUAAUUUGACGUUGAUGGAGCAUUAUGAACGGCAUUGUCCUCCGCCGGACCGGCGGUUUAAUUGUCUUAUUCCACCGCCGGUUGGCUACAAGAUUCCAAUACGAUGGCCUGAGAGUAGAGAUGAAGUGUGGAAGGCAAAUAUACCCCACACGCAUCUUGCAGAAGAGAAGUCUGAUCAGAAUUGGAUGGUUGUGAAUGGGGAUAAGAUAAAUUUUCCGGGUGGUGGAACACAUUUCCAUUAUGGAGCUGAUAAGUACAUAGUUUCUCUAGCCAAGAUGCUUAGAUUCCCGAAUGAUAAACUUCAUAAUGGUGGGAAUAUCCGGAAUGUUCUUGAUGUUGGUUGUGGGGUUGCAAGUUUUGGGGCUUAUCUUCUUGCCCAUCACAUUAUAGCUAUGUCUCUUGCGCCUAAUGAUGUGCAUGAAAAUCAAAUUCAAUUUGCACUUGAAAGAGGGAUUCCAUCAACUCUUGGUGUCUUGGGAACAAAGAGACUUCCUUUUCCAAGCAGAUCAUUUGAACUGGCUCAUUGUUCAAGAUGUCGGAUUGACUGGCUCCAGAGAGAUGGAAUUCUCUUAUUAGAACUUGAUAGAGUACUCAGACCAGGAGGAUAUUUUGCAUACUCUUCUCCUGAAGCUUAUGCACAUGAUCCAGAAAAUCGAAGGAUUUGGAACGCUAUGCAUGAUCUUUUGAAACGAAUGUGUUGGCGGGUUGUUGUAAGGAGAGAUCAGACUGUUAUCUGGGCAAAGCCCACAAGUAAUAGCUGUUUCUUGAAAAGAGAACCUGGAACCCAACCCCCUUUGUGUAGCAGCGAUGAUGACCCAGAUGCAACUUGGAAUGUACUUAUGAAGGCAUGCAUUUUUCCAUUUUCAUCAAAGAUGCACAAGGAAAGAGGCAGUGGACUAGUUCCUUGGCCACGGAGGCUUACUGAGGCACCUCCACGCUUGGAAGAAAUUGCCGUCAGUCCUGAAGUAUUCCAUGAAGACACUAUGCUAUGGCAGUUUAGAGUGAACGAGUAUUGGAAGCAGAUGAAAUCUGUUGUACGGAAGAACUAUUUUAGAAACGUCAUGGAUAUGAACUCAAACCUUGGGGGUUUUGCUGCUGCUCUCAAAGAUACAGAUGUCUGGGUGAUGAAUGUUGCUCCAAUCAACCAGUCUGCUAGAUUAAAGAUCAUUUACGAUCGUGGUUUAAUCGGAACUGUUCAUGACUGGUGCGAAGCAUUUUCCACAUACCCACGUACUUAUGAUCUUCUUCAUGCCUGGAAAAUAUUUACUGAGAUUGAGGAGCGUGGGUGUAGUUUAGAGGAUCUACUAAUUGAAAUGGAUCGGAUACUAAGGCCAGAUGGGUUUGUCAUCAUAAGAGACAAACCGUCAAUUGUAAACUAUAUCCGCAAAUCUGUUACUGCCUUAAAGUGGGAUCAUUGGUUAUCAGAAGUUGAACCAAGGAGUGAUGCUCUCUCCUCAGGUGAAGAACGAGUUUUGAUUGUGAGAAAGAAGUUAUGGAGUGCAGAUGAUUCCACAAUGUGAAUAUAGCUACGAGGCAGUCUGCAGCACAUUUUGGAGCCGUUCUUUUGAGAGACACGAUGGUAGUAGAAUCCAGGAAUUGUAUUCUGGAUCCAUAUUCAGAGCAGGAUCGUUGGCAGAGAUGGGCCUGCCGCGGGGAUUGAUAUGAUCAUAUAUAAUUGAAUAUGCAAGCAUGAAACAUGACAGGAGAUAGAUACGAGCAGCUCUCCUAGGUGAGAGGAAAACAGAAGCUUCUAUUCAAAGUAUGACUUAGAAAUGAUUUUCUAUUUUAUUUGUUUGGAUGCAAUUGUUUAGACUGAUAUAACAUCAGAGCUAACCUGUGGAAUUUACAUUGCUUAAUUUUUAUAAAAAUUACUCUUUUUUUU